AUGGUGGUAGAUACUUCAUACUACGACGCCCUGGGCGUGCCUCCAACGGCUACGCUGCUCGAGAUCAAGAAAUCAUACAGGAAACUAGCGAUCACAACGCAUCCGGACAAGAAUCCCGGCGACGAAACCGCGCAUACCAGAUUUCAGGCUAUCGGAGAAGCCUACCAAGUUUUGAGCGAUGAAACCCUACGAAAACAAUAUGAUAAGUUUGGAAAGGAUAAGGCUGUGCCUGGUGGUGGAUUCGAGGACCCCGCGGAGCUGUUUGGCAUGAUAUUCGGUGGUGAAGCUUUCGUCGACUGGAUAGGUGAAAUAUCGCUCAUGAAGGAUCUCACCAAGACCAUGGACAUCACCAUGCAGCAAAUGGAGGAAGACGAAGAGCUUGCAAAGGAAGCCGAAUCCAAGCUCCACGUAAAUACCCCCGCACCAUCGCAACCCGGUGAAAAGUCGACUCCUGCCCCAUCUGCCACCGUCGUCGAUGAUGAAGAAACCAAGAAGGAGAAAGCUGCGGGAACUACUGCGGCUGCUGGAGCUGCUGGGGCUACUCCAGAAGCCAGCUCCGGCACCAGCACCCCGCGGCGGCAGUUGGGCCAGCAGGCAAUCAUGGAUAAAUCCGAGGAAGAAGCUAGAAUGCAAGCUGAAGGCCUGACACCCGAGGAGAAGGAACUACGAAAAAAGGAGAAGAAGAAGGGUCUCUCGAAGGAACAACGAGAGCAACUCGCUGCAUUUGAGCUAGAGAGGAAGAAACAGCGUGAGGAACGAGUCAACACCCUUUCGCGCAAACUGAUAGAUCGACUCAGUGUCUGGACCGAGACGGAUAAGGGGCCCGAUGUCACCACCGCGUUCCAGGAAAAGAUCAGACUCGAAGUCGAGAACUUGAAGAUGGAAUCGUUCGGCCUGGAAAUCCUACACGCUAUCGGAAGCACGUAUCACUCCAAGGGAACGUCUUUCCUUAAAUCACAGAAAUUCCUCGGCAUAUCUGGAUUCUUCUCAAGGCUGAAGGAUAAGGGUAACCUCGCCAGGGAGACAUGGACUACCAUCUCCACUGCUUUGGAUGCACAGAUGACGAUGGAGGAGAUGGCCAAGCUAGAAGAAAAGGGAGGUGAGGAUUGGACCGAUGAGAAGAAGGCAGAGUAUGAGAAGAGAGUUACCGGAAAGAUUCUUGCCGCUGCUUGGCGAGGAAGCAAGUUCGAGAUCCAGAGUGUCCUGCGCGAAGUCUGUGAUCAGAUCUUGAAUGAUAAAGCAAUCCGUCUGGAGAAACGGGCCGAACGUGACCCUAACGAAGAAGGAGAGUACAUGGCUUUUGAAGAGCUAAUGGCAGACAGCAUGGCGAAGAAGGAUGAUAAGAAGAAAUCUGCCGCAGCAGCAGCAUCAGCAAAACAACCCGAACCAACCUCCAGCAUUUAG